CACCAGGUCUAGGAUGUUUAAAAUGAAGUCAGAAGAGGAGGUGCAGACGGAAGCUUCUACCACCUCUGAUGGAGGAACAUUAGGCUCUGUGGAAGACACCAUCGCCCCUGUGGACCAGCAGAACCUAGAAUUCCAGAUAAAGCCUGUAAAAGAGGAACCAGUAGAUGAAGAUGAAGAAUUUCUCAAUGAAGGCGCAUGGAGUCCGGUGGAACACGUCACCUCGAUGGACCAACAGAAGGAACAGGAAGAAGACUGUGAGGAGUGCAGAUCUUUCUUCAUCGGUAAGUGUGAGGUUCACAGUCCGGCUCUCUUCAUCCCUGAUACCCCCGUCCCCAUGGGCGUGGUGGAGCGAGCCAGACGAACCCUUCCACCCGGUCUGGAGGUUCGGGAGUCCGGUAUUCCUGAUGCAGGUCUGGGAGUGUUUAAUGAGGGGGGAACGGUUCCGGUGGGUGCACACUUCGGCCCCUACCAGGGAGAGGUGGUGGAUAAAGAGGAAGCCAUGAAGAGCUGCUACUCCUGGGUGAUCUAUACGGAGAAUCAGAUUGAGGAAUAUAUAGACGCCAGAUCAGAGCUGAAUUCUAACUGGAUGAGGUACGUGAACUGCGCUCGUAACGAUGAGGAGCAGAACCUGGUGGCGUUCCAGUAUGGAGGAGGGAUUCUGUACCGGUGCUGUCGACCCAUCCAGCCAGGACACGAGCUCUUGGUGUGUUACACAGAGGAGUACGCUAAAGAUCUCGGGAGCACGUUCGACCACCUCUGGAACAUAAAGUGCUCCUCAACGGAAUUGCAGAUCUUCUCCUGCUCCUUGUGUCCGCUUUUCUACACGGCUCAGAUUUACCUCCACAAACACAUCAAGUGGUUCCACCAUGAGGAAUACGCCCGACUUCUGAGAUCAGGAGAAAUUAAAUCUGAGAACCUGGUACCCACAAAAACGUCCAAAAGUCAGACCACGUUCUCCGGGACAAACAUGCCUCACACAGAAAUGCUGAGAAAAGCCGAAUGCAGCUCACACAUAGAGAAGAGAAACGUUCCGACAGAAGGGAAGUCGUAUCAGUGUCUGCAGUGUGGUAAGAGAUGCAUUCGCAUCAGUCACCUGAGAGAGCACCAGCGCAUUCAUACAGGAGAAAAGCCGUAUCAGUGCUCCCAGUGUGGGAAGAGCUUUGCUCACCUAAGUAACUUUCGACAGCAUCAGCGCAUUCACACGGGAGAGAAGCCGCAUCUGUGCUCACACUGUGGGAGGGGUUUCGCUAAUCAGCACAGUCUCCAGCACCACCGACUCCUUCACACCGGAGAGAAGCCGUAUCGCUGCCUGAACUGCGGGAGAGGUUUCACCCAGCAGAGUUCUCUUCAGAGACACCAGCUGAUUCACACUGGAGAGAAACCUCAUCCGUGCUUCCAGUGCGGGAAGAGUUUCACCGAAAAGAGUCAUCUCCAAGAGCACCAGCGCAUUCACACACAAGAGAAGCCCUAUGGGUGUUCACUGUGUGAAAAGUGUUUUACUCGCAUGAGCCAUCUCCAGCGACACCAGCGCACUCACACAGGAGAGAAGCCGCAUUACUGCCCACAGUGUGGAAGGACUUUUGCACAACCCAGCGCCCUUAAACGACACCAGCGCAUUCACACGAGAGAGGAUCCACUAAUCCACCUUCAACAAACCAGUCACAUCUGAGACUGGGGCACAGAAACCAACAUGUCAGUUUGGCAAAUAAACCCAGUUCCAAAAAAGUUGGGACAGUAGGUAAAGCGCAAAUAAAUAAAUCAAUGAAAUAAAAUACGUUUACGUAUCCGAGUGAAACUGGCUGCUGAUUCCUUAAUGAUUCCGGCAGUAUGACAACUUUAAAGAACAAGAAGAUCCUGCAGGAGUGGAACUUAUAUUAUUAAAAGUAUUUUGUUUCAUAAUUACAGUUAAAUGUAAAUAAAAUCUGUUAAUUUAAAUUAAACAAACACCAUGUAAGUUGAACUGGAGCUUGUAGCUGAGCUGCUCGGCUAACAGCGACUGAAUCCCAAAUAAACUACAACAAUUUUAGUGUCCUCAGUUCCCAAAGCAUUAAAAAGUCUCAUAGACUGAUGGAACACAGUCCAUUUUAAAUUAGAGAGUGCCUGCAUGGUAGUGGUGUGCGAUACUGCAAAAUUUGGUAUCGAUCCGAUACCAAGUAAAUACAGGGCCAGUAUCAUCGAUAUCGAUACUGAUACUUUUUAAUAAUUAAGGUAGAUGCAUCAUCAAAUUGCUAAAUCUGAAUGAAUUUGCAUGACCUUUGUGUGUAUUAUUGUAAUACAUAAAUUUUUGUAAGUAGCUGCUCUCAGUAGGGUUGUAAAUAAAUUCAGUUGUU